UCAACCUUCUCUUUCCUUAAACUCUUCACAUAUGGAGGACCCAAACCUCUCCUUCAGCAAGUCUAUUUGCUCUAAAGAUCCCGUUUCUCCUUCUGAGGAAAGUGGAUGGACAUCUUACUUUGAUGAGUUCUUCGCUUCCGAGAAGAGAAAAACAGCAGAAAAGUCAGGAACCAAUUUUUGUGAUAGCUCUUCUUUGGUUUCUGAUGCUUCAUGGAAACCUCAGGUUUCUUCCCCGCCAUUGAUGAAGAAGAAGAAGAAGAAUAAGACGAGGAUAGUCUUUGAGGAUGAUGCUUUGGAAGAUACUGCAACUUCUACAGUUAAUAGCCCAAAGGAGAAGAUGGCUGAAGACGGACAAGGCAAAGAUCUGGAGAAGAGAAGAAUUGAGGAAAUGAGUCAUGUUGGAGGAGUUUCUGAGAUGUCAAAACAAAGGAAAAAAGGGCUUUGUUUGGGUCCCUUUUCUAUGUUCAUUAAUAAUCUUUGAUAAAUAUGGUGUUUCCAUAAAAUAGUGAGAAAAAUUCUCACCAACUAUUUUCUAGUAUA